AUUCCUCAAGCGCAAGCGAGACCCGUUGCGCUCACUCACACAAUCACGCUAGGCUCUUGACUAUACUGUAGAUUGCAUUGCUUCGGAAUUUGACGAAAAAGUAGAAAAGUUCCGUGGUCGUUCGUCAGCGGACAUCGGUGGCAGGGUACAUUAAUUACACUGCUGCGUGUCGUAACUAGAGGGGAGCUACAUUCGGCCAUCAACCAACAGUGUGCGUCCUCUGUCGGUAUAUAAGUGUGUGUAUAGUGAAGAAAAGUUUACGGCAAGGUUUACAGCGUUUGCCGACUUGGGAGCAAUCUCCAAGGGCGUCCUUUUCCUCUGAUUCGUUUCUUUUGCGUAAAAGCGUAAGCUUCACCUAGCCCCAGAGGUAACACUCGGAAGGGUGCAAGCUCUACUUCUUCUUGUGUGUUGUGGGUGUACGAGGAGGGUCCAGAGGAGAAGGUGUGGUUCAGCGAAGGCUUUGCUGAGACAUAUCAGCAGCUAGCGGCACUGUCCAGCUGUGGUCGCCGUUUCCUUCUAUCAAUCACAACACAAGAACAAUUGAAAUUGUGCUGCCCGUACAAUAAUACGCCAAUCAACAAGCAACAAAUACCUGCGAAGCAGCCAGAGCACUCGCAAAACAACAGACAGGGCCUUCGAAGAGUGCGAAGCAACGCCGUAGCAGUUACCGUAUUCUUCGGGACACCAGAGUUCCGUCGAUCGAUCAUCUGUGGCAGAAGCGUAGCUGAUCAAAAAUGGCAUUAAAGAGAAUUAAUAAGGAAUUACAAGACUUGGGAAGAGAUCCUCCGGCACAAUGCUCAGCAGGUCCCGUCGGUGAUGAUCUUUUUCACUGGCAGGCAACUAUCAUGGGCCCGCCUGACAGUCCGUACCAAGGCGGCGUGUUCUUUCUGACCAUACAUUUCCCAACAGAUUAUCCAUUCAAACCGCCGAAAGUGGCUUUUACAACGCGUAUAUAUCAUCCCAAUAUUAACAGUAAUGGGUCGAUUUGUCUCGACAUUUUACGAUCUCAAUGGUCUCCCGCGCUAACCAUUUCUAAGGUGUUGCUGUCGAUUUGUUCGCUGCUUUGUGAUCCCAAUCCAGACGAUCCGCUAGUACCAGAGAUCGCCAGAAUAUACAAAACUGAUCGAGAAAAAUAUAACGAGCUUGCCCGGGAGUGGACUCGAAAGUAUGCUAUGUGAUGCGUCCCAGUAGCAAACCUAAAACCUACAACCAACUGUAGAAACAUCAAAAACAAAUUUAAAGAGAUCAACAACAACAACAGCAGCAGCGGUAUCAGUAAUCUAUACCAGGCAGAGAGUAACGCAAUCUGCAGCAGACACGACGACGGCAACGAGAGCGGAGAACACAACGCGCAUCAUCUAAAGCACAGCAUCAUGCUGUUUACUAUUUUCAAAAAGCUGAACGAAGGUCAAACUGUAGGUGUCAGUACUGAACACCUUUAUGCUUUUCCGUUUGCUUUAUGCUUUUCCGUACAAUCAACAAUUAUUUUCAUUUUCAAACGCAUUGCGUUAGGGACCCAGGCCGAAUGUUAAUGAGCAAAGAGAGUCAGUAUAUUCAUCGAAAAUUCUAUUACUAACGCACGAUAUAAACAGUUUAGGGAUGCUGAGCCUCUCAUUCAAUACAUCAGAAUAAUCUUAUACAGGGCAAAGUAAUGCAAAAUCUAUUAAUUAACAAAAGCUCCCUCGCACAGUCACUCCGCCAAAAUAGAAUCCUUUACAGUCUCCGAUUCACAUCCCAAGGAAAAAAGGUGUACUAUUAGCCGCGCGUAAAAGAACAAAUUUCCCAUAUAUGCUCUGAAUGUCAGGUCAGUCCUCCCCGAUUAUAUUCAAGAGCAAUACUAUGUGGGGAAUGGCGUGUGCUAGCUAACUAGGAAAGGGACUGCUGAGAUCACUGAAAACAAUGCCAACCUUUUUUUUUUCUUUUGUGGAGAAUUGACUAAUUCUCGAUGAAUUCUGAUCAACUCAUAUUGCGAAAAACAAACCACUCGGUCUUGCCUGUGCGCAAUUUUUUUACACAUCUUUUUAUUAAAUGAUUGACGAGCUAAUACUGUUAGACUGCUCCGUGAAGUACAUUGAAAUUAUAGGAAUGCGGCGGAAGGGAAGAAAAGAAUAGCUAGUGUUUGGUUCGUUGCUUGUAGUGAAAUGCACUCUCAAUCAAAAAUGGGUUUAAUCGACAGUGAUUAAAACGCUGGUCACGCUGUUACAUUAUUUAUUAAUGUUGCUUCCAUCUGCCUCUUAUGCGUGCGCCCCGUUCCUUAACUUCUUUCUUCUUCUUCUUCUUUAUGCUGCGCGUAUAACACUGAAUUCCAUAUCAACACGUUCAUUAAAAAAAAUCUAUUUUCGUUCAUAAGCUAAUAUUCAGUUCGCCAAAUCGAUCAUACAGCUGUUAGUGCGCGAAUGAAAAAUGUGGGAAGCCGCUUGAAUAAGAGCGGGAGAGCGGUAGACGCAUAAACAGAGAUGCCGAAGCAUAGAUAAAAUUGCGUGCUGCAAGGCCUAGCUGGUCCCGUAGCUGGUAAUGUUCGAUAUGUUUCGAGAUGUUGGUAAAAGCACCUUCCGCCCCUCCUUCCCCCCACGCUCCUUUCCCAUCCUAUAUUCUGUGAUCGGAAACCGUCAGAUUUAAAGUGUCGGUUCCGAAUCCUUUUUGCCGUUCGACUUUAUGCAAAGGGGGAGUGCGAAUCGUUGCAGAAACACGGAUGAACUUUUGCGUAAAAAGUACAUACAGUCGACGCACCUUUGAACAACCACACAAAUCCCAUAGACUUCAGGCUAAAAUAGGAGAUUAGACCAAACACAGUUCAUUCGAUGUAGGGCAAAAAUACAUAAAAGACGGGAGCAAACAAAGGAGGGGGUGGAAGUUAACUAAUAACCAAACCCAUAUUACAAACUGGAAAGCAGCAACCAACAAUAACAGAAGUGAAAUAAACUGAAUUACUGAAGGCGUGAACUACAAUAGAAGAGAAAACCUGGACAUUGAUUCAAGCAUCGCGAUAUGGUCCCUGAAAGCAAACAAUUAGUUUGAGAAAAAUUAAUCGACUAUCGCUAGUGAGAACAAGUGGGAGAAAGAAUAAAUAGCAACCUUACACACAGGGGAACACUCAAACACACCUGUCUUUAACUGUGCGAGUAACACGCAUACCUCGCGCGAGCUAUUAUAAGAGCUAUUACACUUCCGGGUUUUAAUUCCGGGUUGCCGCGUGGGUUGGGGCAACGAUUCUUGUAUGUUUGUUGCCAACGUGAAUAUGCUGGGUUUCAGUUAUUAUCCCUACCCUUACUGGACAGUGGUCGAUCGAUUCCACAAGCUCCCCUUUUGAAAAGGGUUAUGAAAGAAAAGAGAUGAAGAUAAAAAACAUGCAAAACGUUGCAAACAGGAUUGCAAAAUACGAAGCCCUGACCCUUUUUUUUCUGUCUCUUGUUUUUGGUUUAAUACUGGAUAAUGCUUAAUCCUCACCUCUUUGAGACGAUGUUUGUUUCACAUUUAUUGGUCACGGGUCAUAAUGAUGGAAGUACAGGACGACAGUCACGUGCAACUUUUGCACAAUACGCUGUGUUUCAAAUCAUCACAUUGCGAUGCGCGAUAAAAAGGAAAAGAUCGAAUGAUAAGCCAUUACCUGUCGGUUUUAAAAGAAGCCUUGAACGAUUGGCACAUGCAUUUCCACCCUUUCUACGUGGCAUGGACAGUGGGGAUCGUAUGAAUCACACAGGCUCCCCUUCCUCUCUAAUAUCUCUUUCCAUCAUCUUCAAUCGCCCGCCCAAUUUAGCAUAAAAAACUAAGCAACACAAAAUAUUGGACAAAAGAUGGAAGUACGAAAAACGCAUAUUUUAACAGUUGCUGCUAAUAGUAGAUCAAUCAUACGGGAUAACGAUGGCAACGUCGAUGAGUAGAUGUGCGUACGUGCUGCCUCUGGUGUUCGGAAAAUUGUAUCUCCGCCCCCACCCCCUCCCACCAUCCCGCUAAAGUUCUCUCAAUGUGAUCGGUUCGAAGAUUACUCGUGAAGCGCAUACGCUAGUGAUCGUCCAUUUGUGCGAGAAGAGAUGCUGCUGUUGCUGCUGCUGGUGCUGCUGGAGCUACUGUCCUUAUCGUUGUGUUACGCUGCAGAUGGUGGAAGAAGCAAAAAAAAAGUAAAAAAAAACACUAGAAACAACAAGACGGGGGGAUAAGCUCGGGGUAGGAUGGGGAACGCGAAAAGUAAAAUGACUGGCACAUAACGCAAGCACAGACACUCUCUCGCCUUCAUCGGUUCGGAAAAUCGUUCUGAUGCUGCCCGUGGAUCGCGGAUCUGGCCUCAUUUGAAUGCGAUCGAAUAGAGUAGUGCAACGCGUGUGUGUGUGUGUGUGUGUGCUUGCGUGUAAAUGCCUGUGACUGAUACUAGCGUGUUGGUCGUGCGGUUGCUCGAUUCACUGAAAGAGCCUCCGCCAGGACACGAGAAGGGAGGCAAAAGGCCGCUUGAAGUGGCUUGUAGGAGCAGGAUAAUGAGCGAAGAAGACGGAGUUGUUGAACGGUAGCGGAGACAGACCGGAAAGGGACCGAGGAAGGAAGCAGGCGUGUUAGGUGAGCUCGUAAUCAGCAAGACAACAACUAACAACACUACAGACAACACAAAAAAAAAGAAACACUCACAGGAUAUGGAAUCGUUUUUCUUUUUCUUUUCUAUAAGUCAAAUAAAUUUAAAUAAACUAAAGAAAACUCGA